UUUACACGCUUGCGCAAUGCUUUGUUGUGAUUUUAACAGUAUCAACAUGUCUGCCUCCUUGGUGAGAGCGACCGUCCGAGCGGUCAAUAAAAGAAAAAUAUUACCCACAAGAGCCGCAUUGACACUGACUCCAUCAGCUGUGAGCAAGAUCAGGUUGUUGUUGCAGGGCAAACCAGAAUAUAUUGGUUUGAAGGUUGGAGUGAGAACACGUGGCUGUAAUGGACUAACUUACACACUGGACUACACAGAGCAGAAAGAUAAAUCGGAUGAGGAAGUCUUGCAGGAUGGUGUGAGAGUGUUUAUAGAGAAGAAGGCCCAGCUGACCCUUCUGGGAACCGAGAUGGACUUUGUGGAGUCAAAGCUGUCCAGUGAAUUUGUCUUCAAUAAUCCCAACAUCAAGGGAACAUGUGGCUGUGGAGAAAGCUUCAACAUGUGAACAUCACGGGGCUUCCUUCCUUCUCCACCCUCCCUGCUUCAAACCCCAUCUCAUCCGCGAAGACCGAGAGUCUUCUGCCGAGGAAGUCGGAUGUAAAGAAAUCUUUGAGAUGUGGGUGUCCCUGAGUCCUGCCACUGCUCUUCCUGCAAACCACUUACAUAGACGUACCAGUCAAAUCAAAGUUCAUGUUUUUAUGCAUAGUGGAAUGUGUGAACUGUAGUCAAAACCAUUUUGAGAGAAAUCAUUUCAGGCUUCAUUUAACUGAUACUGAUUUUUUUCUUUCUUUCUUUUUUUUUUUGUAAAGAAAAAGACCUUAGGAUCCCAGAAAUCAUUUUUUAUUUUUUUUAUUAUUAUUAUUAGUUUUUUUUUUUGAAGUGUUGGAAGUGGUUUCGUUUCAUUCAUACGCACAAUAAUUUUCAGAGAUUUAAUAAAAUCUCACUAUGUCUUGUACGCAGGAGAAAAUGUAAGCAUGACUUGAGAAGGUGUACACUUAACCUAAAAGUCUGCGGUUAAAGACGAAGGUUAAAAACUGUCCACCAAAAUCCAAAGGUUAAGACAAGCCAACAUCAGCCUCUUAAUACACUGUAACACAGUGUUGUAUCAUCCACUGUAGUGUACCAGUAGUAUGCAAAAAAAAAAAAAAAAAAAAAGUGGAGGAGUUUGAGUGUCUUGAAACUGUUUUACCAGUUUGUAAAGUUAAAAAGUAUAUAUAUUUAUGUGUGUAAAUAAAAGAUGUAAAUUCCUUGAGCAACACAUAUGCACAAAGACGGCGCACAAAACAUGUAUCCCUCACGUUAGAAAACAUAAGGUUUCUGCUGAUUAAAUUUUUUUUUCUGCUUGAUCAAAGCCAGGACUUGUUUGUUUUGACCCUGUGCUCUUAAUGAUUUGUAACAUGUGCAAUAUGUCUGUGUACAUAUAAAAAAUAAAUAACUAAAUUAA